AUGGCAACCACGAUAUCUUUUCGCGAGGGCAACUCCGGCCUCCAAGGUGGAAUAUUCAACGGUCCCGUCAAUACUCAGUUCCACCACCAUGCUCCUCCUGAACGACCAGAAACUCCACCAAACCCCUCGAUCGUCAUACCCUUCAGUCGCGACAAAGACUUUGUCGAGCGAGGGAUAUUCGAUCAGAUUCAUCAGAAUUGCGCUGUCCUGGGAUCACGGACCGCGCUCGUUGGCCUGGGCGGUGUCGGCAAAUCGCAACUCGCCAUCGAAUACGCCUAUCGAACUCGAGAUCGCUCGCCGGAGACAUGGGUUUUUUGGGUCCACGCAAGCAACACUGCCCGAUUCGAGCAGAGCUUUCGAGAUAUUGCAAAUUGUGUCAAAAUCUCUGGACGACAGAAUCCACAAGCCGAUAUCUUCCAGCUUGUGCACGACUGGCUGCGCGAUGAUAGGAAGAGAAAGUGGGCUCUUAUACUUGAUAAUGUGGAUGAUGCUCGCUUUCUCGUCGAGACUCGAAGGACCGGGCAAUAUGGGCAAACAAGCGGCAUAGAGAGUGGGAACUCACGGUCGCUCGUGUCAUACUUGCCGCAGUGUCCGAAUGGGUCGAUUCUCAUAACAACACGGAGCAAAAAUGCGGCGCUAAAGCUAGUUGAACAGCGCGAUAUUAUCGCAAUCAAGGCAAUGGAUAAGACAGAUGCGCUAACACUUUUCGAGAACAAACUAGGAGGGCAUUAUGAUGGCGAAAAUAUUGCAGAACUUGCUAAGGAGCUUGAAUUUAUGCCGCUUGCCAUCGUCCAAGCAGCCGCAUACAUCUCCCAAAUGGCGCCACGCUAUUCCGUGCACCAGUACCUUCAGGACUUUUUGAAGAGCUAUCGCAAGAGAACGAGCCUCCUUGAAGUCGAAGGCGGACAGCUCCGACGAGAUGAGAACGCGAAUAACUCUAUUAUUGUUGCAUGGCAAAUAUCUUUCAAUCACAUAUAUAAAAUCAGACAAUCAGCUGCUGAUUUAUUAUCGCUUAUGAGCUUUUUUGACCGGCAAGGAAUUCCCGAGGCUCUACUUCGAAAGCGAAGUGAACAGGAUGGGGAUGAAGAUAUGGAUGAAGAUGACACAUCGCAAUCCACUGUGGAUGAUGGUUUUGACGACGAUGUCUGGACCCUACGAGAUUACUCGUUUAUUUCUGUCAACGCGAAUGGCAAAACAUUCGAAAUGCACGGACUAGUACAGUUAGCCACCCGGAAAUGGCUUGAAGCUCACGAGCAGAUGGAGAGGUGGAAACAUCAGUUUAUCAAGAAUCUUGACGCACAGCUUACAACGGGAGAGUACGAGAAUUGGGAAAGGUGUCAGGCACUUUUCCCACACGCGCAAUCGGCAGUAUUGCAGAAGCCUAAGGAACAAGACUCUCUACUUGACUGGGCUUCCGUAUUAUACAAGGCUGCAUGGUAUGCUGGCGAAGUAGGAAAAGGUGUAGAAGCAGAGAACAUGGCGGUGAAUGUGAUGAAAGUUCGAAAGAAGAUUCUCGGUGAUGAGCAUCUUGAUACACUAAAGGGGAUGGCAAUGGUGGGCUCGGUGUACAGGCUGAAUGGCCGGUGGGAUGAUGCUGAACAGCUGGACGUGCAAGUCAUGGAGACGAGCAAGACGAAGCUCGGA